AUUAAUUUAAAUGAUAUCCGAAAAGGCAAGAUUAAUAUAGAAAAUAACGAAUUUAAUAGGAAGUUAAGUAUGUCAGCAUCGCGCAAAUACCAAAACAAAUAAUAUAAACAGGUAGAUAACCUUGAGAUAAACAGAAGAUCUCUCAGGAGUAUAAUAUACGCGCAAUAUUGUUCGUUUAUUUCAAAGAGUCGUGUAGAAGUGCAACGUAACGUAACGCUUUUUGAAGAUUACCUAAUUCACACAACUUUAGCGAAAAGUGUGCAGUAAGAUGCCUAUAGUUAAUUGCAACAGAUCUUAUAUAAUAGAUUAUAUAAUGUAUAUAUACAUAUAAGAUACAUAUAUAGUACAGUGUGAUAUCGCAAUAUAAAUAUUUCACGACUCCAUAAUGAAACGUAGAAUGUACAAACGACCGUGGCAAAAGUUUCACGAGAUUCAGGAGUCUUUUCGGGAAAAUGCUCGUUUGCGGUCAUCCGAAGAUUCGAAGAACAAAGACGCGAAGCAAGCGAGCGACAUGUCUAAUCAACAUUCACCGGAAUUAGUUCUAUACGAAUCGGACCCAUGUCUCUGCAGCGGCAAGCUUAGUCCUGAGAUUAUUCUCAAACGACCUGAAAUAAGAACGGAGAACGAUAAAGAUGUGAUCGAGGAUAUGAUUAUCGCGGGGAGGAUUGGACGAUCCAGCUUGUCUCAAGAGUGUCAUGAGUCGAAUCUUUUAAUGUAUGAUUUUAAUAUUGAACCUGAAGAUGAUUUCGCCAACUUGGAAAAGUAUUAUCCUAAGCGCGAUACUACAAUCGUGGACGACCCGCACGAUUUAACGGACUCGAUUCAUUCAUGUAGUUUAUCUUCCUUAAACAAUAUGUUGAAUAGCGAUGAGAACGAAACAGCCGAUAUAAUGCACAAUGGGCAAUCUUCAGCGGAAACUCUCGAAGAAACGACUCUCCAAAGAAUCUCGCAAUCAGCGCAAUUUCCUUCUAACUUGGAAUCUCAAUCGCGUGAAGACUCAGUUCCAGAAUCCGUGAAUUUUUACAACAAGCAUGAGAGACGAUCUCUGGAGAAAAGUUCGAAUCAGCAGAAAAAUCGCGAUAUACCUGGAACGAUGAUGAACAAUUGUUACUCGUUGGACAAGACGUUCUCGAUGAAUGACGAUUUGAUGCGCGAGAUGGACAAUUAUCUAAACAGACAGUCAUCAACGAUGAACACCAAUCAGUCUACCACGGAAACGACUUGCAAAUUACAGAAAGAAUAUAUCUCGGAACCCGCACGCUUCGCAAUUUUUCACGAGAUCGAGAAACGAUCUGGAUUCACUGACGAUAUCGGGCUACAAUCGUCCGAUGAACUGGCUGGAUUAUCCUGCAGAUCUAUCGAAGAUCACGAUGGCUCGCGAGACGAUAAGAAGAGAAGAAAGGGGACAUCAAAUGACAAUAAAAAAUUCACCAUUGUUCUCGAGAAAAUCGGCGAGUGUUUAACGGCAAAUUGGAGCGAGUUUCGCAGGAUGUUUGCCUAUUUGCAACGAGCAAGGAGGAAAAUUCGUGGCGAAGACUCAUCGGAACUCUUGUUAUAUAGAAUAUUCCCCUACGUCUCCGUCUCGACGUCGUCUUCCCCGUUUCGCACGCCUUCGGAUCGCGACGUUGCUACGCGAUUCUCAUUCAAUGGUGAAGGACGCGAAUUCACAAAGGACGAAGAAGAAGAAGAAGAAGAAAAAGAAGAAGAAGAAGAAGAAGAAGAAGCGAAGAGAAGCGAAGAAGAAGAAGCAAAGAGAAUCGAAUCUAAGAUUCGGCCGGAAACAAAUUCUUGCGGAGAAUCGCCGCAAUCGUCGCCGAAAAGCUUCCGAAACGCGAUUUUGACGUUCGAUUACGAAGGGGAAGUGAAGAAGCAGAGGCAAUCGGAGAUUCGCGCGGAGAUUACAGAUUCACUUCCGGGAAAGAGCGAAGAACGCUCAUUGGAUCCGCCUUCAUGUGGUAAAACGUAUUGGGACAACAUCUUGGAAUCGACGCUCGAUCUGUCCACGGUGUUCAAUUACGACGACCGCAGUAUUUCUCUGCAAAAAGUAAAAUAUCAUCAGGAUGACACCUAUAAACACCAGAUGUCACAAAAUAGCGCGAAGCUACGAGACUCCCAUGCACCUCGUCGAAGAAACAUUUGCCGCGCAUUAAUUACAUGGGUGAUUGCUCUCUGCAUUUGGUUGAAAAAAAAGCUACUGCAUCUGCUAAAUGGUACUUACAAGAAACUCCAAGAAGUGAUUAUCCCAUCUUCGUCAACGGAAACUCCUCGAACGAAAAAAUUAAACCGCUUAAUAGCGACAUUGCGUUCUGAAAACGAGAAGACGCUACGCUUACUGUCGAAAAAAAUAACACGACUCUCGAUGAAUUUCGUCCAGAUACGGACGAGCACCGAAGCCACCCUUAAAGCCCUCACAAUCGAAGUAAAUGUCAUCCGUGAAACCAGUAAAAAGAUGACCGAAGAUCAUAUGACGCUAGUGCAGGAGCUGAAAAAGUUGCGUGAAAUGUUAGAGGAAGUUCGACCAAGAUUCUCGCAACCGGUUCCCUUGUUCCCUUCGUGUUCCUCCUCGUUUUCUCCUUCUCGUUCGCCCCCACCUCCUCCUCCGCCAAUGCCAUCAUACUUAAUACCUCCACCGCCACCGUCUCUUUCGCUUUUACCGAAAGUGCAUACUUCGGAAUCCGCAUCGAUACCACCUCCUCCGCCCCUCCCUUUAACUUCUUUACAGUCCCCGAAGCCACCAACACAGCCUCCGACAACCCCCAAUAGUAGCAGAAGCAAGAAGAGUAGGACACCUAGAAAAUGCUCCACGCCGUUGUUCAAUAGGCCAACCAUCACAGUUGAAGAUCUAUUAAAAGUCACAUUAAAGAAGGCACCACAAAGUAUUAAGGAUAGUAGACGAAACACUGUACCAGGUCCCAGAGGGCCGGUCGUGUCCCUGGAAAUGCUGCGCAACGUAAAGCUAAAGUCUGCGAAACGUAAACCUAGCGAUCAGACCGGAAAGUCGCCCAGGAGUGGCCGAAUUAUUAAAAAUCGAACCGCGUCGAGCGUCACUCUUUCGCCGAUUCUGACCGGAUCAGAAGGUAAUUUGGAGCGUAUCCUGCGACAAGUAAAUUUAACCAGACCGAGGAGACUUAUAUCCGGCUCGAAUAGCUUCCGCGAUCGCGACUUUGCGAAAGAGAUGCAAUCUCAGUCGCUGCAAUCGCAAUCCGCGCUUGAAUAAUCGCAUCAGUUCUUCUCCUGCAUCAUAUCUUAUUUCUCGCUUCUAAUGUCGUAAACCAAUAGUAGUAAGAAACCAAAAAGCUAAAAUUUAAAUUAGAUAUAUAAAUUAAAUAUUAAAUUCAGAGAUUAAAAAAUAUUAAAUAUAGAGACGUAUUAUACAUUUGUGUGAUAUAAAAUUAAUAUAAUAUAAAUUGAAAACUUUAAGCUCUAAGCUGAAUAAUUUAUUUUAUGACACUAGCUAUGUGCGGCCGAAAGUUUAAAUCGAUACUUUUAAUAAAAGUGUGAUCUGGAAGAUAGAUUCGUAAUUACUUUAUUUGUAGCUUUCACGUGUGUGGUUUUACAGAAAAAAAAAAGAUUGUAUCCGGUGUAAUCGUAUUGAUUGUAAUACAGAGCGUAAGAACGCAUGCGGAUCCAGAAACGCAAAAAUUAGUUCUUCCGAACAAUGAUGAAUCGCGUUGCUCUAUUAUUCGUUCAUAGUGCGAUUUUAGAAUACGUGUUCUAAAAGAGCGCGAUCGAGAUUCAAUUCUAUAAAAUCUAAUUUCUUCUAAAUCUAUAUUUCUUAAAUUGGAUCAAAUUUAUAUAUAUAUAUGUAUAUUAAAAUUAAUCUUUUUUUUUUAAUUAGAAUCUUUAAACGCUCGUAGUAAAGGUAUUAAUUCAAUCGAACAAAACAUUUUCUUUUUUUCGACGGAUUUACAGUAAAAAAAAUUGAUACAAUUUUUAAAAAAUGAUUUUUGAACACUCUAUGAACGAAUAAUCGGAUCGUACGGAUAAUUCAUCGGCAUCCAGAGAUCGCUACUACCACCAUUUCGUUGCCACCUGACGCUUUUUUAUACGUAUCUAAAUUUCUUAAAACACUUUUUGCCCGCAGCACAGAUACAUGCUAAUGUAAUUGAAAUAUAUUUAUAUAUAUAUACGCGUGUGUUGUUUUAACAGCCUACGACGGUUUCCGCCUCGCCCCGCAGUUCUUAAUUUAGAGCUCUGUUUACCUUGCACACAAUUUUUUCACGCGAUUUAAUCUCCUCGAUCAUCAUAUACUCGAGUUGAUCUUACCCCGUCGCUCGGAUGAUCUCUCGCGUCGAGAUUGUUACUUCUUCGUUUUUCUUGUUUUUUUUUCUUUUUCUUUUUUCCUUUCUUUAUCCUAUUUAUUACGCUCUUACAAUUACAUUCGCAAAUAUACUUACUUACUUUACGAGAGCCGGUUGAUAUUACUUUGAGAAUUAUUCCUUGUAUUCAUAACGUAUCAUUUGUGUGUGUAACAUGAUUAUCGUUUUUAUCGUUACAAUACCUAAAUACAGGGGCACGAUGGACACCAAUUUUUUUUUUUUUUUCUUCCGUGCGGUUCCCUCGCGAUCCGCGUUUCUCUCGCCGGAUUGUAAUCCUUUUUCUUGACGUUUGGACGCCUUGCUUUGUUUCCUGCGCUUAUUCGGCGUCUCCUUCUCGGUAUCAUCGUCUCCUCCCCGUCGCGUUAUCAGCGAAAAAACUGAGCGAGCUUAAAAAUGGAUUUUGGUAGUUCUAGCUCUAUAAUAAGUAGGUAAGUUUUAAUGCGUAAAAUGGUCAGUAACUAGCUAAGCUUACCUCGUCGAUCUGAAGAAAAGGGGGUAUUUUCACUGUAAAUCUAUGACUCCUUAGUACAAGAAGAACAAUGGAAUGUCUCAACGUAAAAGUUGAUGGAAUGACUCGUCGAUGAAUCGGCGAAUGGAUAAUUAUAUAAACACGAACCGACUAUUCGGA